AUGCCCAUGAAUACGCAAAAGAGUUCAUCGAGGGAGGAAAUCCCCCAUGGCUACACGGCCUCUACCUGCACUGGAGGAAGCUUUUUCCAAGAUCCCUUCAAGGGAGUUACCAACGACGGGACCGUCCGCCCCAAUCUCUUCACCCUCCAAGACGAGGGCAUGCCCAUUGACUCCAUUGUCUCCGCCACCACCAAUCUCCUUUCUCACCUCACGCCCCAGCAGCGCUCAGCAGUGACCUACCACAUCGACUCCCCCGAAUGGCGCACCUGGUCCAACCCCGAGUUCCUGCUCAGCAACAAGGGCAUCCGCCUCGACGAAGUCUCUCCCUCCGUCCGUGACGCCGUCCUUGCCGUGCUCAAAUCCACACUCUCGCCCGAAGGCUACACCAAAGCCCUCGGCGCCAUGCGCAUCAACGGCUUCCUAGGUGAUCUAGUCCAAGCGCCCCGCGUAUGCAAUGAGUUCAGCUACAACUUUGUUCUCUUCCAAACCGCCUCCGGCCCUUCGGCCUCGCAGCCCUGGGGCUUUUCCUUCUACGGCCACCAUCUGUGCUUGAACGUCUUCCUGUACAAAACCCAGGUGGUCAUCUCCCCCUGGUUCACCGGCGCCGAGCCGAACCUGAUCGACGAGGGGCCGUACAAGGGCACCCGCAUCCUUAAGGAGGAAGAGAAGCUGGGCCUGCAACUGAUGCAAUCCCUCUCUGCCGAACAGCAGAGCCGGGCACAGGUGUACAAGCUCCUCCGCGACCCGGCCAUGCCCAAAGGGCGGUGGAACCACGACGACCAGCGGCACUUGUGCGGCGCGUACCGGGAUAACAGGAUGGUUCCGUACGAGGGUGUUUCCGUUGGCGAGUUUACUCCUGGCCAAAAAGGGUUGGUGGAGGGCAUUUUCGAGCAGUACCUGCUCUACCUGCCUGCGCAAGCUAGGGAGAUCCGUCUGAGGGAGAUUAGGAACUGGUUCGAUAAGGAGACGUAUUUCUGCUGGAUUGGUGGGUACGGCGACGAUGAUGCGUUUUAUUAUCGCAUCCAGAGCCCCGUGGUGAUUGUCGAGUUUGAUCACCAUAGUGGUGUGUUCUUGACGAAUAAGGAGCCGGCCAAAUUUCAUAUUCAUACGCUGUUGAGGACGCCGAAUGCGGGCGAUUAUGGGAUGGCGCUGAGGAAGUUGGUGGAGGGUGAGAAGCAGGAGUAUGUUUGGGAGGGAUAA